AUGUCAGGCAUAAACAUCAUAUAUCUCUUUUCGGACCUUCCAGGUCCAAUUCCGGCCGACGAGACCAUAAUGGAUGAGAUGGAAGACCUCAACCUGGGGUCAACCUACAGAAUUGUAUAUCGAUGCCGCGGCGGCAACCCAGACUCGGGUGAGCCGCAGCUCUUCCUGGACCGAGAGGGUCGUCCAUACUUCCUGACUCAUCUACCUUUUCUCGGAUCAGCCGGAGCACGCUGA